GUUCAAUUCAUUUGUGUUGUACAUCUCACAGUUGAAAACGAAUGGCCCAUGGCCAAAGAGGUUAUUUUGAGGACAGAACUAGGUACAAGGCGAUGUUCUCUUACACUGGCAUGUGUAAUAUGUUGUGUUCGACGCGUUCCCCCGCUGAAGAAGUUGGGCUUAUGUUCGGAUCACUGGUCACAAGUUUUGGUUGGAUGACUUGCAACUUGGAAAGAUUGAACUCUUCUUCAUGUGUCGGCCGGUGAAUAGCCUUUCUGCAGUUUGACGCAUUGGUAACUUUCUUUGCGAGAGAGCGUUCUAAGUCUGUCUUUGCUCCCCAUGAUAACUUUCACCAUCACUUGGCAUGGAGCCUCCCUCACGGGAAAAGUAAAACGGCACGAUGUUACCUUCGGGAAGAUCUGGGCGACGAGAUUUUUUCGCCUACAAAACCAAACGCCACGAGUGUUACCCUUAAAACGAUAAAACGGCACACGGUGCUGUACUAAGGCAGCGUGGCGUCUUCUUCCUCAAGAAAUCACCGUGUCGUUUGUUUGCGACGACGGAGACGAAACGUGUUGCAUCGAGAACGAACAGAACACACCGUUUCAGUUGAUUCCGGAAGCGUCACUUCCGCCGAUUUCUCUCGACGAAAUCUGACAUCGAGUUGGAAUUCCACAAGAGUCACUUGAAGAUGGCUAACAAUGAAUCACAGAUCUAUCACGAGCGGCAAAGAUUGCAGUUUUGCCUCUUGCACUCACUCAACAGUCUAUUCCAGGACAAGAACGCGUUCACGCGGGAAGGCUUGGACGCCAUCGGGGAGAAGCUCGUGGAUGAUGAUCCAGACAAAGGAGCGUGGACACCUCUGUCUUUGCUCUUCAAGCCUCACUACAACACGUUGACUGGGAACUACGACAUAAACGUUCUGAUUUCAGCACUUGAAGAGAAAGGCAAGAGUGUCGUUUGGCAUGAUAAACGUAAUGGCGCUUCUUCAAUCGACCUCGAUGAAGAAACUCUAAUGGGUAUUGUGUUGAAUGUGGCCGUUAGGCGAUAUGGGGGGCUUUGGAGAAGCAGGCAUUGGGUUGUGGUGAGAAAGAUUGAUGGAGUCUGGUAUAACUUGGAUAGUGACCUCACUUCGCCACAACCAUUCACAGAUAAAGAUGAAGUUUUGGGAUUCUUGGCUCAUAAUCUCGAUGUUGGAGCAGAGAUUUUGCUAUUGCCUGAAAAAUCCAGUGAAUUAAUGAUUUCAUCAAAUACAUUUAAUCAUGGCCUUUUUCAGUUUUCCUGAACCAUUAGCCAACUGUUUUUCCACAUCAAUCCCUUUAAAUCCCUCAUUUCCCCCCUCGAGUUCCUUCCCGAAAGCAUCUAACCCUCACUCUCACUCUCUGAUAUGUCUGCUACAGGGACAAAACGGUCCAACCCAAACACCAGACCGGUUCAGAGAGAUGCCUCUGCCUCUGCCACUGGUAAGCGAACCUCCAUUAAAGGAGCUUACGGGAAGAACCCGGGAUGCACAACGAGCUGCGGGUUGAGGCUGCCGAGGAAAUCAGAAGUCACGGCCAGGAGACUGAUUAAGCAUCUCGGCUGUAAAUUUGCAAAGGGAUUGCUCUUGGUGGUGAUGAGGAAGAAGAGACAUCAUCCUCCUCCGCCGCCGCCAUUGAAGGUCUCUUCUUCCGGGAGAUCUCAGCCGUCAGUCAUCCCCAUAGUCAACGACACUCAUCGGUCAGAGGCCAUUGAAGACUGCAUUCAGUUCAUCAACUCCUCUUCCUCCUUCACGAGAUCGAACUCUACCACGGGCCGCCCUUCUUAAUCUGCAAUGACCCUUGUUUUGGAUGUUCAUUUCCUACCAAUGGCUUCUGGCCAUGGAUCCAUGUAUGUAUGUAUGUAUGUAUGUAUCUUCUUUUUCCAUAGAUCUGUAAAAUCCGAUUUGGCCGUACGGUGAUCCGGUCGCUGGACUUCGUAAGUGAUGUGUUCAACUCUUUUUUUUAA